CAUACAUACAUGAUAGAUAGAUAGAUAGAUAUAGAUAGAUAGCCACCCCACCCACCCCCAACACUCUCUCUUUAUUUCCGUCCCCUUCUUAUUCUUUCCCUUCCAUCCCCCUCAUUCAUUCAUCUCUUCAUACAAAACUAAGCAAGAAACGCUAGUCAGAUGGGUUUUGACGAUGUUUCUCACACGUUUCUCCACCUAGGAUUAGGUUUCAUGCCGGCCGCCGAGAACCCGUCGUCGAAUAAUAUUAAGCCAUGCUUCAAGCUCGUCGAUCAGGGAAAGGGGGCCAUCCAGAGGGCUUUUGAGCCGUCGCUGACUUUGGCCCUCUGUGGAGAGGCUUACGGGGAGGUACCCAAAGGGACGACGACGGAUCACCAGUUGCAGAGAGCUAGCAACGAGCCUACGGGUACUGGGUUGUUGUAUCGUCAAGACAGCGUUACCUCGUCUUUCUCUAAUAUUAACAAUAAUGCUGUUAUUAAGAGGGAGAGAGAGUUGGGCAGUGAAGAAGCCGAAAUUGAGAGAGGCGACGAGGACGAUGACGGUUCCAAUGCAAGGAAGAAGCUUAGGCUCAAUAAAGAUCAAUCUGCCGUCUUGGAGGAAAGCUUCAAGCAACACAGCACUCUAAAUCCCAAGCAGAAACAAGAAUUAGCGAGGAAGUUGAAUCUAAGGCCUAGACAAGUCGAAGUCUGGUUCCAGAAUCGGCGAGCCAGGACAAAGCUCAAGCAAACGGAAGUGGACUGCGAGUUCUUGAAGAAAUGCUGCGAAACACUGACGGAUGAAAACAGGAGGCUACAGAAGGAGUUACAAGAACUGAAAGCGCUCAAACUCGCCCAACCCUUCUACAUGCAGCUGCCGGCGGCGACGCUCACCAUGUGCCCGUCGUGCGAGAGGAUCGGCGGCGCCGGCGCCGGCGGAGAUAACACAUCCAAGAGCCCGUUUACAAUGGCUCCAAAGCCCCACUUCUUCAACCCCUUCACCAAUCCAUCGGCAGCCUGUUGACCGAUUAUCAUCAGAGUCAGUUGCGUGUUGGUAUUAUUAUUUAGUAAAGGCACAGGCCCCUUAGAACCCAUAUCUUUUUGUUGGUUAAGGGCAACGAUAUGCAGUUGAUUUAUAGAAAAUAGGAAUUACUAAUCAAUCUCUUCCCCCCUUCUCUCUCUAAUCAUGUUUGUAAAUUACGAAACAAGUAUAUAUAUAUAUAUAUCUAUCUAAGAAGCAAUUACAAUUA